CGGGAGGCGGCCCCGGGGCCGCGGGGGCCGCUGACCGGGCGGCGGGAGGCGGCGGGGCCGGGCCAUGGGGGACGGAGCCGUCCGCAGCCGCCGGAUCCCGGAACCCAGCCCAAGCCGGAGCGGCGCCCCCUGCUGAGCCCCGAUUGCCGGGCCGGCAGCCGGAUGCCCGGGCCCACUGGAUGGGCCGGCGGCCGCCUGCGUGAUGAGCAGGCUGCUGGGGGUGACGCUGGAGCGCGUCUGCAAGGCCGUGCUCCUUCUCUGCCUGCUGCACUUCCUCGUGGCCGUCAUCCUCUACUUUGACGUCUACGCCCAGCACUUGGCCUUCUUCAGCCGCUUCAGUGCGCGCGGCCCCGCCCGGGCGCUCCACCCGACGGCCAGCAGCAGCACCAACUAUUCUCGGCCCAACGCCACUGCCCCCAGCUCCGGGCUCCCCGAGGCUCCCAGCGGCCGGCCUGGCCCCACGGCUCCUGUUCUGCCGCCCUGCCCUGACUCACCUCCUGGCCUGGUGGGCCGACUGCUGAUCGAGUUCACCUCGCCCAUGCCCCUGGAGCGGGUGCAGAGGGAGAACCCAAGCGUGCUCCUGGGCGGUCGCUACACCCCACCCGACUGCACGCCAGCCCAGACGGUGGCCGUCAUCAUCCCCUUUCGGCACCGGGAGCAUCACCUGCGCUACUGGCUCCACUACCUGCACCCCAUCCUCAGACGGCAGCGGCUCCGCUACGGCAUCUACGUCAUCAACCAGCAUGGGGAGGACACCUUCAACCGGGCCAAGCUGCUCAACGUGGGUUUCCUAGAGGCGCUGAAGGAGGACGCCACCUACAACUGCUUCAUCUUCAGUGACGUGGACCUGGUCCCCAUGGAUGACCGCAACCUGUACCGCUGUGGCGACCAGCCCCGCCACUUCGCCAUUGCCAUGGACAAGUUCGGCUUCCGGCUGCCCUAUACCGGCUACUUUGGAGGUGUGUCGGGCCUGAGUAAAGCCCAGUUCCUGAGGAUCAAUGGCUUCCCCAACGAAUACUGGGGCUGGGGUGGCGAGGAUGACGACAUUUUCAACCGGAUCUCCCUGACCGGGAUGAAGAUCUCGCGCCCAGACAUCCGCAUAGGCCGCUACCGCAUGAUCAAGCACGACCGGGACAAGCAUAACGAGCCCAACCCGCAGAGAUAUUUGUCGCACACCUACUUUGGGCACAGUGCUCUAUUCACCAGGCUGAUGGAGGAGGCCAGUCUGGAUGAAAGAAGUAGUUCGCGUGGGAGUCUGGAAUGCGAACGUCCAUUGUACAUGCCGAGCGUCUGACACCCCUCGCGGUCACAGUCUGAAACCUGGGAGUGAAGGAAAGGGGGGAAUCUGCCGAUCCCAGAUUGGAAGUUUCACUUUUGUUCCAGAGGCGCUGGGGAGUCAUGGAAGGACCAGGUGUGGGUUUGGAAGGAUCACUCUUUGAGUCUGAAUCAGGUGAAGGGCUGGCAGAGCUGCAGGUGGAGCGGGAGGACGCAGACCAGGCCCGAAGGGAUCCACGGACUCCAGGGGCUGUGCUGGGUGUGAGGCCGCGGUGCCCCCACCAGAACAGUAGGGACCUGGGAGCCAGGGUGUCCGAGCUGGGAGAGGGGUGGCAGCACUGAUGUGGUUGAUGUUUGGCUGAAGCACGGAGCACCAGGCGUCCAGGGAGCUGGCGAAAACACAGUUCAGAUCAAACCAAAACCGUGGCGAGCGGGGAAGGACUGCAGGCUGGCCAAAGAGGGGCUUCAGGACAUGCGAGAGGGGGCGGCGCUCAGUGUCGGGAAGGCCCUGGGCCGGGAUCUGAGCUGAGCUCGGAAGGACAGGGGGGAUCAAAAUGGUUGGGGUGGGGGUGGGAGCGGAGCUCUGGCAGCACAUGCCAGGGGCCUGGUCCUGUUUCAGGAAAAACGUGACUGGAUGCCUCCCCCACGGAGUGUUGUCAGCCUUGGCGGGGGGAGGAGGGACGCGGCAGGGGGGCAGGAUGUUUCCGGCUUAAGGAACUCUGGACAGUAGUUUCAUCCCCCUCGUUGCUUUCGCCUCAGGCCUAGGACUUCUGGAGUCUUCUUCCUUCACCCUCCAUGUCCAGACCAUCAGCAGGUCCUGUCAUUGGCACCCCGAGGCCUAUCUGAGCCGGUCCGGUUUUCCCUUUACUUCUGCCCCAGCGCAGCCUCUGUCCUCCUGCCCAGCGGGUCCCCCGUCUUCCACCUUCCAUUGUUCGUGUCCCCGGUGCCUGCCUCGUCCCAAACUGGGCUAAAAAUCCCUGUGUCUUCUCACUCACAGAAUAAAAAAACGGCUUCCUCUGACUUAGAGAGGCCUCUGCCCACA